CCCCCUACAGCAACUCCACGAAGCUCCAAGUCAGAAAAUUUUCAGGAAGACAGCAGUGGACUCUGUCUCCCCGUCACCGCCUGUGACUAUGGAUAACGACAAGCUUUCGAGCAAAACUGCAGGGAAACCGAUUCGAUGCAGAGCUGCCGUCAGUCGGCAACCAGGCGAACCGCUGGUGAUAGAGGAGAUCACGGUGGCUCCUCCAGGUGCCUAUGAAGUCCGGAUUCGGAUUAUCUGCACUUCUCUCUGUCACAGUGAUAUCACCUUUUGGAAACUAACGGUGCCUCCUGCUUGUUUUCCUAGAAUUCUUGGCCACGAAGCUGUCGGAACCCAGGUACUAGACUGGGACUGUGAGAGUGAGUGUGGGUGGAGGGUGGUCAGCGCUUCACCCACUCGACAAGGGAUCAAGGUUGGAUUGUAGUUGACUUGGUGUUCCCUCCCUCCAAGUUCCUGAUUCCCCAAGUUUAAAGAGAAAAACUUUCAGAUCAGAUGAAUUUUUGUGGAUAUUUUAUCUACUUGUGUCGCUAACUUUUGGGCUUUUGACUGAAUAUCUCCCUUUGGGGUGGUAGCGGCCCUGUGGGAGAUUCUCCAUCAUAUAACCGUUAGAUCUCUUUCUAGGCAUGACUGAUGGGCAGUAAAUGUUAGCACUCAUG